UUAUCAUGUCGCAUUUUCAGUUCAGUAAGUUAAAUAUAUCAACUAUCGUAAAAUGGAGUCGGAAGCAUUUAUCAAUAUUGUAGGUAUGAACAUUGUUUUUGGGACGUCUUUCCUAUUAGUUGGAGGAUUUUUCCUAUACGCUGAUCUAUAUCAAAAGCCAAAAUGGAUGAUGAAAUACAAAGUACAGGCAGGCACAAAUACACCGGUCAGCAAGGAAAAGUUGAAGAAACUUAUUAACGUGUUGAACACUAAUUACAUAGUCAUCGGUUUACCAUUCAGCAUAGUGCAUUACUAUUUGCAACGUUGGAGAGGAUGUGACGUAACGUUGACAUUGCCAUUUUUAUCAACGCUCAUUACACAUAUUGCCUUAUGUGUACUGAUUGAAGAAGUAGGGUUCUACUAUACACACAGGUUACUUCACACGCCUUUGCUGUACAAAAACAUACACAAACUUCAUCAUGAGUGGACAUCACCAAUCGGAAUAGAGGCAGUGUACGCACACACGUUUGAGUAUAUAUUCUCCAACCUAUUACCAGUGGCGGCCGGGCCUUUCCUAUGUGGUAGUAACCUGGUAACUACAUGGACAUGGUACAUUUUAGCCACUGCUGUCACUAUAAUACAUCAUAGUGGUUAUCAUCUACCGUGUUUACCCUCUCCUGAAUUUCAUGACUUCCAUCAUCUUAAAUUUAUCGGAAACUACGGUGUAAUAGGACUAUGUGACUGGAUACACAGUACAGACAGAAUGUUUAGGAAAAGUAAGCAGUCAAAACGGCAUAAAGUUAUCUACUCCUCAAACGAAAUGACACGCAUGAAUGGUUAAAUAAUUAAUUAGCAUGAAAUGACAUUCUACAUAUUACACUAUAAAUUCCAAGUUUAUAAUCCAAUUGUUAGUGUUACCAAUAAUGAGUUCAAAGAUUUAAGU